CCACGAAGCGAGCCAACAGCAACAGUUUGACCCAAGCCCCUCCGGCACUCCACACGUUUCAGACCAGACAACGGCGAAGAAGGCAGAAGAAAGAAGACGACUCGACCGUCGGCGGAAACAGAAAAGGAGCCACGCCGGCGCGGCGCGCAUCCAGAAAGCGCUCGGGAUUCGCACACACACAUGCCCACGCGCGGCGCGGCGCGGUAUAUUCCACCAGAACCAGAUCACCACCUUCCCGGGGCAAUCCGGUAACUGUAUACAGUUGCAAGAUGCACGAUGGGAAAGAAGGAAAAAAAUCCGACGCUUGUCACAGGAUAGGAGUGAGUAAAAAUCAAUGACCAUAGCAGCAGAAGCGGCGAAACUUCCACCCCACCUUCACCUCCUUGCUUAUAUAUACUCGCCCCGCCGCCCCGGGGCCGGCUCCCACCUCGCUCCAGUCUAGACGGCGGUUUGACUUUCCGACCGGGGAAUCGGCGCUGCGUUUGAUUUGAGGAGGCGACACGAGACGGGACGGGAGGGAUCUCUUCGCUGGAGCGUUGCCCGAUUCGUCGCGGUUCUCGGACAAGGGAGGGAGGGCACACCUCGGGCUCCGAUCGAAGAGAAGCAGCGAGCAUGGUUCGAGUUGCAGUACUCCAGUUCUUCCGUUCACGGUUUAUCAUCAGAAUUGUGCUGGCUAUUGCCUGGUGACCUAAAUUUCGGUUAGAUUUGGUUCGGUUGUGGGAGGAGUUGCACGAAAUGGCCACAAGAGUUACCUUGUAGAUGAUGUGUUGAUUUUGUGCUUCCUGGAUGGGCUAUCAUGCUCCUUUUAGUUCCGCCAUUGCCCUCAUUAGAGUCUCUAGAAGACGACAGAUUUGCGCAGAAUGGUUUAGGAGUAGUGCUUCUUUUGAACUUCCCCAAAUAAUCAAAUAUGGAUGGGCAAGGUGAUAAGUGGCUUUUUAGUCGGGUACUCUUGCAGCGCCACUUUUGCAGAUUCAGAGGUUGGGUAGGUACCAAAUCGAUAUUCAAUGACAUCGUUAGCUUCCCAGUAUGUUUUAAAUUUUGAGGUACUCAAGAGAGGUGCCUGAUUUGGUUGCCCAAUAGGGAGGUUCCAUUCUGUUGGUGUGACCAUUCUGAGUACAAGUGUCUUUGUCGGUCCUUGAGAGUAGUAGAUGACAUAUAGCUUUCCUUUUAUCUGGCGAUUAUACAUGUAAUGGUAUGUCUAAUUGGUUAUUCGGUAUUUUUGGGAAUAUUUUUUUCAUUUGCAUUUGCGUUACUUCGGUUUCAACAGUGGCAUUGUAGAAUUCGUUAGCAGUUACUUUGGCUUUAACGGUGGGGAUUGUAGAACUCGUUAGCAGUCACCAUGUAUCAGAUAGUGAAUGUAAUCAUUACGGUAUAUUGUUGGCCUCAGCUACUUCUGGUGCUUCUUUAUUCCAUGUAUAACUUUUAUUGUCACUGAAACUGCUUUGUUUAACUUCUUGAUGGCAAACAGUGUAGAUACAAUUUCUCCAGAUUUAGUAGAUUUCAAGGAGAUUAAUGGACAGGAAGUGGCAACUUAAUUAGAAGUAUCUUUCAUGUUGAAGAGUUGUGAUUUUUCACGUGAUUUGCUUGUAUUGCUAGUGUAGUUAGUAUCAUUUUUUGUUUAAAGGCAAAACUUAACAUGUUUCCCCCCUUUCAGCUUUGUUAACAUUAGAGAUUAAAAGGUAGCGCCGUAGCAAAAUGAAGGCACCAUCACUACUGGUUCAGUGUUUCCCUGGCUUGCUUCCCAGCAAGGCCACUAGUUGCGUGCCAAUUGUAUCUGAGAAGGAUCUGCAGCUACCAUCACCAGCUGUUGAAAUAAUCCCCUCAAAGAGUGUUCAUCCAUACAAAUAUGCUGGAGAGAAGGUUGAUGUGCAAGGUCUUAAUAUUUUCAAGGGUAAAGUCAGUGUAGCAGAUAUGAUAGUUAUCUCGCCUUCUGAAGUAGCAUCAUCAAAAUAUGAUGGAACUCUGAAAUACUGGGAGAGUUCCAUUACCCUUGUCGACAUUCUUAAAAAUGAGAUCCGUGAUGGGCAGUUGAGCUUCAGGGGCAAGCGGGUUCUAGAGCUUGGAUGUGGAUAUGGCCUCUCUGGGAUUUUUGCCUGCUUGAAGGGUGCAUCCACAGUUCACUUUCAGGACAUAAAUGCAGAAACGAUACGGUGCAGAACAAUACCCAAUGUUCUUGCAAAUCUUGAGCAGGCUCAGGACCGACAGAACAGACCAUCAGAGAGCCCUGUUACACCAUCUAGGCAGCUCUUGGCUCCUAAUGUACAUUUCUAUGCUGGAGAGUGGGAUGAACUCCCAACAAUUCUCUCAGUUGUGCAGCCACCUGCAGCACCAACAAACCUCAGCUUCUCUGAGGAUGAUUUUAUGGAUGGCUGCAGUAGCCAUGAUGGAAGCAGUGUAGUUGGUCAUGACUACUGCCCCAGGAGAUCUAGGAAGCUUUCUGGUAGCCGUGCAUGGGAGAGAGCUAGUGAGACCGACCAGGCAGAUAGUGGCUAUGAUGUGAUCUUGAUUUCUGAUGUCCCCUACGCAGCUAACUCUCUGAAGAAGCUCUAUGCGCUUAUUUCAAAGUGCCUACGUCCUCCUUAUGGAGUCCUGUACGUGGCUUCCAAGAAGAACUUGGUUGGUUCCAAUGGUGGCGCCAGGCAGCUUCGAGCUCUCAUGGAAGAGGAAGGUGUCCUUGGUGGCCACUUCUUGACUGAGGUGUGUGACAGGGAGAUAUGGAAGUUCUUUUUCAAGUGAGCAAAUAUAGGAAGUGGGAAGAGAAGGAAAUGAGUUCUGACGUUGAAACCCAGUUUUUAUGGUUUCUAUCUGCAGCGAUGUACAUACCGCGAGGCAUAGUUCCAUUAAUUCUUUGGUAGUAGGUUGAAACUUCAAGAAAUAUCUGCAGUUGAGCUUGCACAAGUGUUGGAGUCCUUUACCGCUUUGUAGAUCUGCUAUGUGCUAAUGUCGCUCUAUUAAGUACAGAAAGCAAAUUGUGGUAACGUUUUAUAUAUCGAAUAUAUGGUGAUGGCACUUAAGCCGGUGCAUGGUAUGAGAUAAUUCAACUCUUUUACACGCCUAUAUGCAGCCUUGUAGAUGUACGCUGUGUUGGAGUGGCUAUAUGUGGCUCUAUAAAAAAACGCAGAUUUGACUUAGUCGGUGGCAAGACAUGGAAUUUUUUUUAAAAAAAAACAUUUGGGCACUAUUUUUACUAUCAUGAAUUCCAAACGAUCUCCGAUCCAAAUCCUCAAGGCCCUUUUGGAUCUUUUGAAUUAAAUUUCAUUCUAAUAAUUAUAAAUUAGUCAUAUCUCUACUAUAUAAGAAGCUAACGAUGUCGUCCACAGUUACACCACUCCCCUGUUCGGACAUCGUGCAAGCCCUCGCUGCUCGCCCCUCCUCGCCCACGUCGUGCCCCCGUCGAUCCAUCGUUUGUGUCCCCCCUUCCUCCCUGCGCCUCCCUCUCACCCUCUAUCGCCUAAAAACCCUAGUCCGUGCCCAGCCACUACCGUCGACUGCGCGUGGUCGCUGGCCGCGUGCGUCGACCCAACUGAUGGCACGACCUCCCUCACCUCCGCCGCUAACCUGAUCCAUGGAAGGCGAAGGAUCCCCUGAUUACCCCUCUCCUCCCACCUUCCUCGGCUCCACCCUCCCUCGACUGGCCGCUCUACUGCACCGCCGCCACCGCCACAACCACCAUGCGGAGGCGGAUCCACGUCGUCUAGGUCGACGUCCCGUUGCUGGAGACUUGGCGCAGGCCCAUCAACUAACACGCCACCGUCCUCGCACCGCAUGAGGUGCUCACGAUGCGGGAGCUCGACGUUGCCAAAAUCGUAGCUACGGGGGAUGACUGGACACGAUGCCCCCCACACCCAACACCAUGCCAACGUCGCCCUCGGCCCGGUCGGCGCAGCGUGGCGGGCCGCCUUCGCACUUGAGGACCCCGCGGAGGCGGAGGAAUAGCGUGGACGUGCCGCGGUGGCUGUUGUCGUGUGCGUUGGUGAGGCGCGACGAGGACGGUAUCUUCGACUGGCACCCAGGAACGACGACAACAUGUGGAGCCAAAUGGAAGGAGGAGGAUAUGGUGAAGACGUUGUGGCCGUCGGUGUGGCUCACUGAGGACUUCCCCCUGAGCGUCGAUGAAUUCCUUCCGUUGCCUGGCGAACCGCGUGCGCGUCGUGCGUCGGCUCCGCGUGCUGCUCACCACCAAGUUCCCACCGGGGACUUUCCCAGUAAAGGUUGCAAUCCCUGUUGUGCCAACAGUGAGGGUGGUUAUCACUUUCACCAAGUUUGUCCCCCUCAUCGAGCCUGAGGAGUUCUUCACCCCAAUGUCGAGCCCCAGCCUCUUAGCGAGCUCAGGGUCGGGAAGCAUCAUGGCGAAGCCUAACACCCAAAAGAGCUCCUACCUGAAGUGGGUCUCGAAGAACUCAAGACCAGAGGCCGUGAACCUGUCACAAGUCGCGGACAACGGCGACCCUUUCUUGUCCAUCCAAUAUAUUCUAAGCAUUACAUGAUCUGUAAUGGAUGCGCUUGUUGUGGUGCGCUGAGUGCCAGUGUAGCUCGGGUGCUGCACAAGAUGGUCAGUGACAUCAUGUGUGGCUUCAUCCUUAUGAUGUACACGAAGGUUGGACUCUUUGGCCCUAUUACUAGCUCCAUUGAUGUUACUAAAUUCAUAGUAAGUGCUUUUGUA